AUGUCAAUUCUGUCAUUGUUCUGGAAUCGACUACUUGAUCCGCUACCCGGGAGGUCGGGAGGCGAAACGUCGACGGAGAGUAAGCAACAUUUGCUUCCCAAAGAUGAGGUCUCCGAAGUUCCACUUCGUAGUGGUAUAAUAGCCACAAACCUUGUUAUUACGGUAAUUGCUAUGUCAAUUUGGGGCCUGGUCGCAUUUUCAGCGGGCUUUGUGGUGGGAAACACACAGCGCGUUGGUAAAUGGGGAACAUUUGAGCAUGGAUUUUUAGAAGAACAGGUUGUCACGUCGUCCGACAUAUUCGAACUCACUCGAAGAGUAUUUACGGGAGGUGUGGAUUUCAGCCCAGACGGUACAGAGAUUCUUGGGCAUUCCAAUUAUGUCGGCGAACCUACAGCAGAGAUUGAUGCAGCGUGGAAUGCCAUCAUCGGCGGCGAAUCCCACUACAUUUCGAUCUCUGAAGAAGAAGCAGUCACGCUCUGGGGUGCCGACUCGAACAAGUACAGAGACAGGAUUAGGGGUGGAUGGACUGGAACGCUCGACGUGUUUCAUUGCCUGCAUUGCUUAAAUCAACUGAGAAAGGCUCUGAGGCGAGAUAUCUACCCAGAAGAAGAAUUUCGCGGAAUGACACAUCAAUGUGAUACAGUGUCAGGCUACGAGUGUCAUCUCUCCAAGUGA